AUGGAUCUGUUUCGGGCUGAAGCGGCGCAGGCGGAGUUUCCCAAGCAGCGAGCGCCCUGUGAGGUCGGGUCUCCGCCUCCGUGCCGUCCCCUUAUAGCCGUGCUGUUCCGCUACUCCGCAGCCAGCGCCGCUGCCGGGAGCCGCCGCACGGCUAGGAGGAAAAUGAUGAAAAUGUUACCUUUUUUCCAAAGUGGUCCCAUUGGAAUACGCAAUGGAACAGCAGGUUGCAGUGAUGUAAACGGGCAGCUGGAAAACCCUUUGGCCUCGGUGGCUGAGCACAUCCCUGCCUGUCCUUCUGGAGACGAGAUCUGGUCCAAGGACCAGGAGAAAAUGAGUGAAAGGCCGGAGGCAGCCUGCAGGACCUCGCGGGCAUCUUCCAUCACCAGCAAUGGGAGCUGUGCCUCCGCUGGGGAGAGUCCAGAGAAGGGGAAGAAAGGAAUAAAGGGGAUACUUACCACUGCACUGAAGAAAAUGAGGAAGGCCAAGCCGCCCAGCAUCAAACAAGUCAUAGAUCUCCUUGAAAAGCAGAAGCUCUGUGAUGCUGUUCAGCAUCUGAUUGCCCUGGAGAAGGUGUCUGGCAAAAGCGAGGAAGGACUGACCGUCACCCAGCAGGACAUCGAGUCCAUCUGCGAAGUCCUGAAACACAAAGUCUUCAGUGUCUUGAAAGACUCUGUGCUUCUAGCAAGAACAAACCCAGAACUGCUGCAGCAGGCCGUAGAUGCAUUGAAAGAACAGGAGAAAGAAGACCAGAACUGCACGUCAGAAAAUCUGCCUGAACAAAACAUGCAAUUUAGACCUAGGAAAUGGAAAGCUCUUUGGACGGCCACAGUAAAGGAGUCGGUAGAUACUCGAAUGAAGGACACAAGUCAUACUCCUAGAACUGAGAACCUCUCUGAAGUUGGCCAGAACCUCCUGCACAUGGGGAAGACAAUGAAAGAAGAUUUGAUGGUAGUUGCACAGUACAUUAAACAGCUUUAUCCCCCUGAGUUUGAUGUGUUCCGCACAUAUGCAGAGCUCUAUCACCACCAUUUUGCCUCUCUAGCGAAGAAAGCUGCUGAGUCUCAGCUGGAUGACAAGGAUGUCUACCUUCUCCUCUCUUGGGUGCACAACAUUUACCCAAAAGAUAUGAGAAAAGAUCGUGUUUUAGCAGAGGAGCUGGAAAAACUUGAGCUUGGAAGCCUUUUGCCUUUAAGUCUGAGCAAAGAGCUCGAAAAGAAAUACCUUGAGAGUGAAGAGGCAACCAUCAAAAAUGUGCUGACCAAAUGCUUAGAAAAGGAAACCCAAAGAUGGAAAGAAGACAAAGAACCGGAGAAACUCAAUGGGCAUUUUCAGAGUGAACUACUAGCGAUAAUUGUUAUCCAGAGUAUCUACAACAGCCAGAUGCGAGCCAGGGACAUCAACGCCAUGCUGGGUGAGGAGCUGUCAUGUCGACUGUCGACAGAGCUGGCUGGCUUCCUGAAAAGCUACAAGGAAGCUUUUGAAGACUUCAAGGAGAGAGGCAGGAAGCACAUACACUACAGGCCAGUUCUGAUUGCAAAUAUUAACAACUGCUGCAAUUUUAGAGACUACACAGAGAAGAACAUAGCAGAAAAGGAUGACAACAAAGAGAGGAUACUUAGCAUCCUUAGGGACAUUGAGACCAGCAGUGAGGAUGUCCUGCUUCAGCAGCUCUUUGCCCAGCUGAAGCCAAUUUAUAAGAAAUUUACAGAAAAUAAGUGGGAAUGCAGCAAUGAAAUUAUGAAUGAGAUCAUUAAAACGACCAGCAAUCAUAUUUCAGAGUUACGGACCCUGAAGGACCCAUUUUACCACCCCGUCGUUGAGAAGAUCCACGUCCGUUUGGUGAAAGAUUACAUCGUGAGGCUGCUGAAGAAGAAGGUCAGCAUGAAAAGCCCAACGCAGCAGCAAAACCUGGCCCAAAGCAUCUCCAAGAAUGCUGCCGACCUGGAAGCCUUCUGCACCAGCAAUGGGUCUAAAGCCACCUGGCUGAAUUCAGUACUCCCCAAACUGGCUGAGAUAAUACGGCUUCAAGAUACAGGCGCUAUUAAAAUUGAAGUUGCAACACUCGCCACGGCGUACCCAGAUAUCCGCAAAAGACACUUGGAAGCAUUCCUGCACAUCAAAGCUAAUCUGUCACGCGGAGAACUCAAAAGCAUCCUGGGCUACCUGGCAGAUGGCACAGCAUCCACGCCGCCCAGCACCCCGCUCUUCUCCAGCAUUAACGUGUCCUAGGCCAAUGCACCCUGUGUGGGUGAAGCCAGGACUGUCCCCUGCAUCAGUGCAGCAAGACACAGCACUGCUGCCUUUUCCUACGGAAAAUACUCUGUGCCAGUCUGGUGCUCAGUGUUGCUGUGGGAAGCACCAUUCACCAAGCUUGGCCAUGAGAAAGGGAUGCCCGUGGAAGGACUGUGCCUGCAAAAGGACCAGGGAUGCUCCUUGCACCAGACACAGCUCCCUCCACUGUCUCCUUGAUGUCAUCACAUCACUGCCCUGGUGCUCUGAACUGUCUACCUCACCGGGUGCUGUGAAGCCAUGUCACUGAUUCCCCAGACCAAGCAGACACCUCCUAUGAAGCAGAGAUUUUGGAAAAGGCCCACGAGAGCAUGCUUGCUCUCCAUCUGUAGCCCUCUGAGCCACUCAGAGACAGCUGCAUUAGACUGGUGGGAGAUUUGGGAUAAGACACGCUCUUGCAUUCUGGAACUCCCGUUAUGGAGUCUCCCUCCUUAGAGAUAGUCAAAAGCCAUCUGGACAUCAUCCUGGACCACCUGCUGUAGGUGUCCCUGCUUGAGCAGAAGGUUGGAUCAGAUGAACCCAGAGGUCCCUUCCACCCUCAACCAUCUUGUGACUGAUUCCUGCCUCCCACCAUGCUGCGACACCCCCAGUGGCUUGGGGUGGCCCCAGCUGCAUGCUCUGCCCCUUUGAACAGUGUUGUCCAGGGGCUUCGGGGUUUCCAAAUCAGCCCCAAGAGCCGUGACUACCCUCACAGAAGCAGUCUGGGUAGUGCUUCCUUCACCUCUGUGAGGUGGGAGCACCUGGGCCCCUGGCAGUCUUCUUCCCCCCUACAGUUACUCCUUCCAGCACAUCCCCACCCCACUAACAGGGCUUAGGUUGGAACUGUGGACUGCAAUAAAUCUCGUAGGUAAGGUGCAGUAGGUAUUGCUUAAGCCCUCCCUCUAGAGGAAAGGACUCCUGACCCUAUUAACAUCAUGGGCUUUGAAUGGGUGGUGGAGCUGGUCUCAAAUACCAUUAAAAUAUCUUGAGCUCCCCAUCUGCAUCACCAUUUCCUCCCUUCCUCCCCUCAUGUUGUAGGGUAGAUUAGAUGUGAAAACACAAAUAAGUCUGUUUUGAAACUGUACGUUGUUUUUACAACCCAUUUCUCCGGGAAAUGAAUCCCUUGCCAAAACAACGUGUUUGGUUGAAAACCUUUCCCUUCAAUUUUCCUUUAUUUGAACUUCCAUGUCAGCCUGUAGAAAGUCAGUCCGGAAGGAAGACAUAAUGACUCUGCAGACCAUACAGUGUAUUUAUAUGCAUAUGCAGUAUACUAUUGGUGUAUUUUUGCAUCCAAUUUUAUUUUUUUCUCAGUUAGAGAUAUUCAUUUCCAAUGUUUAUAUUUAAACAGUAUUCAAAUAUGCUAGGAAACUGACUCAUUUAUUCUGUCUCCGGCUGUUGUUUGCUGUGCUGCCACAUAUAGUCCCACCUACUAUUCCAAAGGCCAAUGCAUUUACUACUCCCAGCCCUACCUGGUGGACAUCACUGCUGCCAGGCAGGGAGAGUGCUUACUGUUCCCCUAUCCCUGCUGUCCUUGUUCUCUAGAGCCAGGACUGCUAUAUGAUGUGACAGUUAUGAGCUCAGUUUGGUGGGUGUGGUAGUGAUAGUCAACAGAUGGACUAGAUGGUCAUAGUGGUCUUUCCAGCCUUAAAGAUUCUGUGUGCUGAGUUUGUGGCAUCUAGUACAACAGUGUCCAGAAGAUCAGCCUUGAUGUGUUGUGUUACCAGUCUCAAUGCCAAAUAAUAAAAAUAUUUGUAUUUGA